UAUUUUCAAAUUAAUUUCGUAACUUUUACAAACCAAAAUGUGGGAUUUCUCUCUGAGGGAACUCACGUCACAGUUUGUAACCUUCGUAACUGCGUAAGGUUUGUAAGCUUACAAACUUUUACGAACUUUUACACACAUUUCUAAGGAAAAUUGACUUACGAACUUUUACGAAUCUUACGCACUUCAAACGCAUGUUUUUGGUUCGUAAACAAAAGUUCGUAAAUAAUUCGAGUUUGAUAUUUACAUUUUCGGUUGAAAUUGUCUUAGAGACGAAUUGUCUAUUGUAAAUUUUUUGUGAUCUCGUCCCGCAAAUGCAAAUUAAUUUAAUUAUUUUACAAAAGAUUGCUGCCAGCCGAAAAUAUUUGUCGCUAUCCGACCAGCCCCCAAAUGUCAAAUCCGGGCUAAAUUGACACACUUCAUCCAGUGGGGUGUCAAUCGAUCGGUCUUGAUCAUACGAUGAUUUUGGUAUAUUAUAGAAUUUUGUGACCUAUGAAAUGGCUGUGUAAUUCCUGAAAAACUGAUAUUUUAGGCAAAAAAAUUCAAAAAGAAUUACAUGUCAUUUGGUGUAAGGUAGGAUAAAGUUGGCUAGCAACAUUUUGAUGACAUUUUAUAUGCGAUAUUUUUUUCACUAAAAAAUGUUUACGAAAACGUUUACAAAAUCAACUCACGUCAAGAGUGUGUAAACUUACAAACCUAACGCAGUUACGUAGGUUACGAACUUGACGUGAAAUCCCUCUCUAUUUGUACAUAUUUCUUACUAACCAACUAACCAUUGACUUAAAAAAAGACACUGGACCUUGGACCGACCAAGGAGAAGGACCUUGGUUUACCAUCCCCGGGUACCCCGAUCACAUUCGGAUGAAUUACCAUAAAAAUCGGUGGUCUCUCCGAAUGCCGGGUCGCGACCUUGCCUACGGUCUUAAAAACACGAUGAAUCUCUUGCCAAGAUUUCCCAAAGUGCACCUCCCCACUUUGUACGUCCAACUGACCCCCUACUCCGCCCCGGCAGCCGUCGGACCCCAGAAUAUUUACGAGUUUAUCCUCGCCCUAAUUCCAAACCCGAUCCACAUAAUUCAGGGCUUCAUUCCCCACCUGCCCACGGUCACCAUCUCACUCGGAGCCCCUCACUCGACCACAAUUAACAAUGGUGCGGGUUGGGUUGACCCUCGCUGGGUUAGUCCGAAGAAUCACAGUGCUCCUAUUGGAAACGGGGGUUGGGGUUGGACUGCGCCCAGUCCAAGCCAAUCCGGUCCACCUCCACCCCCCGCGCCCAAAACUAUGCCCCCCUUGGACUUCUUCUCCUUCCUCUUGGCCGCCUAUAAGGACACGUUAUGGUUCAAGAAGGGACUUUUCAACGGGAAAGGAAAAGGCAGAGGUCGAAACCCAAUAAGAUGGGGUGGAUGGGUGCAAACAAAUAGUUCGGGAUGGGGUGAAGAAACCACUACGACGCCUGCACCGACCACUACACCAGCCCCAACAAUGCCACCUCCACCUCCUCCCCCUCCUCCAUUCCCAAAAUACGCGCAUAAACCCAUCUUCCUCCCUGGAGGGCCCUUUCCUCCCGGAGGACUGCCACCCUUCCUCCCUCCGGGCGGUGUACCACCUCCCUUCAUCCCCUUCCCCGGCGCCGGACCAGUUGGACCCAUUCCCUUCGACCCGUAUUGGAACGAAAUUUGGAAAAGUAUCAAUAACGGGACGGGUCCACCAGGGCCUCCUCCACCCCCAAAUCCACAAGGACCACCCCCACCCCCACAAGGUCCCCCUCCCCAAAGCCCCAUGAUGGCGAUGAUGCAGCAACCUGGCUCCCCUCCCAUGAUGCCCAUGAACAAAAACCUACCCUGGUUUGACCAACCUUACUUUUCAUCUCCGCCACAAACCGCCUCCUCCCAAGAAGAGGACGCAUAUCUGACUCAACAACAGCAACAACAGCAACCAGGCAUGUCCAUUAUGAACGAUAAUCCGAACAUGAUGAUGGACGAAGCCGCCCUUCUCCAAGCGAUGAUGAGCCAACGCCAAAAUCAAGUCAGCAACUAUUCAACCCUUUACAAAACUGAUGGCAGCGAUUCAAAUGCCAAUAACUUAAAAAACUUUCCCUCCUCGUCCCCCCUUCAGCUACAAAAGCUGCUUCAACAGCAAAUGACUCCUCACAUGAUGAUGAAUACCCUGCACAAUUACGAACUGAACAACAAUGGGAUUCCCAAUGGCCAUAAUGAUCUUUGGAAUGACCAGAUAAUACAAAAUCAGCUCUAUCUCUCAAAUUCUAUCAACGAUCUUCAGCAACAUCCCUUCCCCCAUUACAGCCAUACGGACUCUGUCGUCCUCAAUGAUGGUUAUUAUCCUCGUCAUGAUCCCAUAUUUAGCCACCCUCCAUUCCCCGGUGGUGGUCAUUCUGCUGAACAACAAAACCACCAAGACUUCCUUCGUGCCAAUAGUUUUGACAACAAUAUUAACGCCACGCAAAGAGACUUGACGCUUGCUGACUCUUCUGACACUGUUUUAGCCAGUUUGAUUAAUAACAUAACCGAUACAAAGUUAGAUAAGGGAGAAGAAGAAGGUAAUCAUCAUCUUAGGAAAUGUUACUUAAUCAAUACACCGCCGCCGCAGCCACUCCCAAAAAAAUGUCACAGAGACAUUUACACCACAUCACAUCACUGCAAUUUAUUGAAUAAUGCGAGUCACUUAAAAAACUAAUGUCUUGCACAUAUGUAACACAUCCAAAAUAAGUAGUUCAUCUGCUAACUAUUUAAGUACUUGUGUAUGUAGCGAUAUUAAUAACAGCACCUUUGCUGACACUGCUAUUACGGCGGUGUUACAGAGAAUGCUAUUGAAUUCAAGACGGAAGUCACCAAUUUUCUCGCACACUUGCUCCUUCGCUUAAGUUUAAAUACUUUAAAAUCGAAAAGGAAAGUGAUUACGGUGGCAUAUUCUAAAUAUGUACAAGCACUAAACUAAAUAGGUGCGUGUACCAGGAUUUCGUCACAAUUUGUUUGCCGAGUAAUUUUUGUAGGUUUAUUUUUUCACUCACACGAAUUUCUUUUCAUUCUACAAGAAAAUGCGUUUCAAACUUUAAUCCUUAAAAUAUCGUCGUCUUUCUUAAUACGUAGAUGAUGACAACCGCUCGUGACAGUAAUUCAUGCACACAAUUUUUCAAAAAUUAUGUCUGAAUAUCGCUCAAUCACGGCUACAUUACAUUACACCACACAUUAUUUAUUAUGAUUAUGCACGCCUUUUCGUCAUUAUUUACACCUUAUCUAUCCGUUAUACCUGGUUAAUUACGGGUAAUUACUCACGACUUGGACACCUACACGUUACUGCAUUUUACUUACACUUUUUUUCGACACGGGAAAUCGAUACAAAUGAUUUCAAAUCUUUACACAUUUUCAAUCACACCAUUUCAAAGAAUUUGUAUUCUUUGAUGGUCAAGCUCUUUAUUUAGAACAUGUUACAUUUCCUGUAGUAAAACCAUGCCGAAUUUUGCGUCUUUAUUAAUUUUUGC